AUGCCCUCUCGCGUGCAGGUGCAUACAGGUACUCCUAGGACCGCUCCUAGUACCGUCAAUGAGGUUGUGAAUGCUCUACAAAAGAAAUUGACUGCAUUACACGUGGAUUCAUCCCCGGUCCAGUCCAAUAUCUCUCCCAAGUCCUCAAGACGCCCCUCUUUUUCAAUGGACAAUUUACUCCACCAUAAGAAAGAUAAAAAGCGCGAUGACUCCAAGGAGCGCGAUUCAAAGGGCCAGAAACGCAUUUCGCUUACUAUGCGCCACUCCAACAAGUCCAAAGAUCGCCACGUUCAAUCGCCCAAACAUGGUCCUGUAAAACCAGGUCGAUUUGAGAAUAUUAUUGAAUCUCCUCCUUUGGUCCUCUAUGGCAACAUCACCAGCUCAACAGGCGCACUCCUCUCGGGGCGGCUUAAGUUGCUGGUCGAAGAUCCAAGUGCUCAGGUCAAGCUCGAAAAUUUCACCAUGGUCUUGAAAGCAAUCACAUCCACCAAAAAGCCAGUCGGUAAGGAUUGCAAAGACUGCACCGAAAAGGUCGAGGAGCUCAAGAAGUGGACCUUCCUCUCUGAAUCAAAAACCUUCCACAAAGAUUCCGACAAUCAAUUCCCAUAUUCAUUCCUCUUCCCUGGUCACCUACCCGCCACAACACAAUCACAAUUGGCCAGCAUCAGCUACGCAUUAUAUGUCACAGCAACCACUACUCAUGGCGAGAAAAUCGAAUAUCUCCAUCCCUUAUCCGUCCAAAGAGCCAUUCAACCGGGUCCAGAUAAGGCUAGCAUUCGCAUCUUCCCACCCACAAAUUUGACUGGCCGUGUACAACUACCUCCAGUUGUCCAUCCUAUCGGCACCUUUCCAGUAACCAUGUCUCUGAGUGGUGUUGUCGAGAAGAAAGCAGAAAGCCAGACUCGAUGGCGCUUGAGAAAGCUUUCCUGGCGCAUCGAAGAGCACAGCAAAGUCAUCUCCACUCCCUGCACAAAACAUGUGCACAAAGUGAAUGAGGGCAAAUCUAUUCAACACUCUGAAACUCGAACUCUUGGAAACGACGAAUUGAAGACCGGGUGGAAGAGUGACUUUGAUACCAUUGGGGGCGAAAUCAAUCUGGAGUUUGAGGCAUCUCUUGCAACAAGAUCAAACCAUAGGGCUACUUGCGACGUCGACUCCAACACGGGUAUCGAGGUCAAGCACAAUUUGGUUCUCGAACUUAUUGUAGCUGAAGAAUUCUGCCCCAACAAGAACACUACCCUGAUCACUCCUACCGGAGCUGCUCGCGUUCUUAGGAUGCAAUUUGGUCUCGUCGUCACUGAACGAGGUGGUAUGGGUAUCAGUUGGGAUGAGGAGAUGCCACCUGUUUAUGAUGACGUACCCGCCAGUCCACCAGGAUAUGGUAGUGCGGACAAGAAUGACGGUGCGUGGGGUGGAGCCAUGAUGGAGGACUAUCAUGGUCCUCUUGAGUACGAAGAUCUUGAGACCAUGGCGAAUGAAGAUCCAAAUGCUCCACCGUCAUAUCGAAACUCGAGUCUACCCAGACGACGACCAUCAUAUGGAAGAGUCGAAUCUGGUGAAAGCUCUUCAGCACCACACACUAGCAGACAACCCCGCGGUGGCUGGACCAGGGACGAACUUGGUUUCGAGCCACAAUACGCUCUCAGGAAUCGAGAAGAGGCUGACGACCAUGAAAAUACCAAUACCGAAGACUUUGGUGAAGGUUUAUCAUCAAACGCGGCCCAAAACUAA